AUGGGAGUAACUAAUCUAGGAGAUAACCUCAUUAACAAUGCACAAGGGUUGGGAGACUUCAUUCCAAUUAAUUCUACUAUUAAACAAGGUAGUAUAGAGUUUUUCCUGUUUGAUGUCAAUUUGACUACUGGUGUGGGUGAAUUCUAUGAACUUUUAGUCUUCGUCACUGGAAAUAUUUGCCGGCAACCACCAGGUUUAACCGAAGAUGAUCCUUCAUUACUGGUAUAUUAUUCUUUCAAUUAUUCUAUGAUAAAUGAUCUAUCCGUAGCAAAGAGAUCAGAAUUUAAUUAUGGAUAUGUUGAGAUGUUGGCAGAUCUUCCCUACACAUCUGCGCAAAAUACCCUGACACUUUAUUUGGCAGUCCAAGCCCCAGAAAAUACCAACUCAUCUGCAACGUGGAAAUAUGAAUUGGGUGCUUCACAAAAUGGUCUUGUAUUCCAAUGGGAUGAACGAGAUUGGAGCUGUUUAGUUGAUGCAGACGAUAAAUCAGCGUUGAUAGUUACUGGGAACUUGACAGGGAUUGUGGAUUCAAACAAACCGGACGAGUCCCUUUUCUCUGUUUAUUUAUUUCCUGAAAGUAUUCAGGAGGAGCUCAGAUUGCUUAAUCGAAGUAGAUGUGCCGUGUUAUCGAGCGACGCUUUACAGAUCCCCAAUGCUUUUACUUCUAGUUAUACCAAUAGAACUGGAAUGCUUCAAGAGCAGUUUUUUGUGGAUGGUCUUAACGACUCUACAACAUAUGUUGCCUAUGUGAUUUCGAAUUUCGCAACAAACAGUACCGGAGGCGCCUUAUAUAAGCCAUUUGCAUUUGAAACCAUGUCUCAAGGCUCUUGUGAGUUAAUCUACGAUUUAGAUUUUUGUCUGCAAGUAGCAUACAGUGUUGCUUCAAAUUCCACUCUCAAUGCUACUGGAACUAAGCAAUUGUAUGAUAUUUAUGCUCAAAAUUUGUACACUAACUUUUCCAAAGCACUUCAACAGGUGGCAUGCAAUACAACAAGUACUUCAGUAUUUUCUCCAGUUCGUACAUGCGAAGACUGUGCUGAAAGUUAUAAGAAUUGGCUCUGUUCCAUAGCCAUACCGAGAUGUACAACAGUGAAUCAUACAGAAUAUAUGCUCCGCGAAGCUGGCACAGGUAGAAAUUCAUUUAUCAAGGAUACAGUGGUACCCGAGACGGACUACUAUGAAAUAUUACCUUGUUUGUCCAUGUGUUAUAGUAUGGUUCGUGAUUGUCCCGCUGUCUUUGGGUUCGGAUGUCCAUCUGGUAAUAGUACAAUUGCAUUGUCAUACGGUUGGGAUUCUAGCGAUGAUUAUCCAACUUGCAACAGCGUGGGAAAACUUACAAGUAUGGCACAAGGGCACAUGUCAGUGAAUUGGGUAUCAAUGAUAGUGAUGUUUGCAGUAUUGGGUUUAGUUUUAUAA